AUGCCGAGCAGCAGCGAGACCAACAACACGGCCGAGUACACCGCGCUGCUGCUCGGCACAAGGGCUGCCGCCGACCACGGUGUCACGCGCCUACGGAUCGAGGGUGACAGCACUCUUGUCAUCCAGCAGGUGCGUGGCAUCUUCGCCACGCGCAACAAGCGCCUUCGCCAGCUGCGACUCGCAGUCAAGGCAGAGCUGGCGCGGAUGGAGCGGGCCACGCUCCAUCCCAUCGACAGGCAGGCGAAUGGUCAUGCCGACCGCCUCGCCAACGCCGCUCUUGACCGCCGCGCGACCGAGUUGGAGUGCGGGGUGCAUACCGAUGGACAUGGAUGCACCUCCACCUCCACUCUGGCCCCUGCACCCGCAGCUACACCCCCGCCUGCCACACCGCAUGUCGCGGUGGACACGGAUGUCCCCCCAAGCCCCGUCGAUGACGACAACAUGGGGGACAUCGACGAUGGCGAGGUGUAUGCAGCGAUGAGUGUGGGGCCGGAUACAGUGCCUCAGCGUCGGUCCCGCUUACGCCUUCGCCAGUUGGACGAGGACGAGCAAGAGGCUGCGGGAGAGCUGGUGGAGCGGCUGGCUGCGAGGCUGGCUACCAAGAUCACGGACGCUGCUGACUGGGAGGAGGCGGAGGGCUACAUCACAGCCCUUCCGCAUGCGCUGUACGACCAGCUGCAGCCAUACUCCCAGGCACAGCACCCCGCCCAAUCUUGCUCGCGGCUCCCGCAGCAAGCCGUGCGUACUGGCCGGGCACUCCAAGGCCAUGAGCAGGCCGUGCCACAGGACGGUCAGCGCCAAGGUGGCAGCCAUUCACGUCGUCGCCGUGGUCGCUCUGGUGGUGGCAAGGGGCACCGGCGCACGCGCCCGCCCCGUGUGACACGUCAUCACCGUGAGCACCGGCUUGACGAGGCUCUGGACGCUAUGCAUGCUGUUCAGCAACGCGUGCCGGGCGACCGCAAGGUUGUGGCCAAGGCACGUCGUCGUGUGGGGAGGAUCAACUCCUCCAUUUCGCAACAACGCCUCCGCCACCUCUUCGAUACUACGGAGAAGGUGUGUGUUGAGCGCAUCCUGUGUACGGCCCGGUCCAAGCGUGAGGCAACGGAACUGCCUGUCGGUACCGCUGCGCCUCCGCCGGACUUGGUGGAGCUGGACGAAGGCACCUGCCCCAUUCCAGGGGUGCGCCUGCACCAGUUCUUCACGGCGGUGAACACCCCGGUGGGUGCCUUCGACCCCAUGGCGCCGGUAGGAGCCCCGUUCCGCACGGCCAUGGACCGCCUGCCUCCUGCGACAGUUGACAUGGCGCUGCUCACGGAUGCGCCGUCUUCGCAUGAGAUCGAGGACCAAGUGCAGCGUGCGCGUGGCAGUUCCAGCCCUGGCUUGGACGGUGUCGGCUAUGACAUCUUCAAGCUGUUCACGGCCCAGCUUCUGCCCGCCCUGUAUGCGGCGUUCGCGCGCUGCUGGCAGUCCAAGCGUGUGCCGCAGAGCUGGAAGGUUGGCGUGGUGCGCCUGCUGCACAAGAAGGGCGAUCGGUCCGACCCAUCCAAUUGGCGGCCGAUCUGCUUGCAGCAGGCCAUCUACAAGUUGUACGCUGGUGUCUUGUCGCGUCGCUUUACGCGCUGGCUGGACGUCAACGGCCGCCACGCCGCUGCGCAGAAGGGCUUCCGAGCCAUGAACGGCUGCGGGGAACACAACUUUCUCGCAGCCACGCUCGUCGACCAAGCCCGGCGCAAGCAUCAGGAGUUGCAUGUCGUGUGGUACGACUUUGCCAACGCUUUUGGUAGCGUGCCACACGACUUGCUCUGGGAAGCGCUACAUCGGCAGGGUGUUCCACCCGAGUUUGUCGCUUGUUGCCGUGGUCUCUACGCAGACGCAGCGUUUACAAUUGGUAACGCUGUGGAUGGGACCACGGCACCGAUCGCGUUGAAGGUGGGGGUGUUUCAAGGCUGCCCACUCAGCCCCCAUCUCUUCACCGCCGCGAUCGCUCCGCUGCUCCACGCGCUCCGGUUGCUGCCAGACACUGGCGUGAAGCUGUCAAGCGAAGACCGUCCCGGUGCUGCUGCUUACGCGGACGACUUGAAGGCCUUUAGCAGCACCGUGGACGGCAUCAAGCGACAGCAUGCAGUGGUGCAAGACUUCCUGCGCUGGACUGGCAUGAAGGCCAACCCGAUGAAGUGCAGCACCAUGUCAGUCCAGCGGGAUACCCGCGGCCUCCACAGGACCAGCGACCUCGGACUGCAGCUGGACGGCACCCCAAUCCCCGCGCUCAGUGCUGCUGACUCCUACCAGUACUUGGGGAUUGGGGAUGGCUUCGACCAUGUGCGCCGUCGCAUUGAGCUGGGUCCAGCUCUCACCCAGCUCAAGCAUGAUGCGACGGCCCUGAUGCAGUCCGGUCUGGCGCCGUGGCAGGUGAUCAAGGCGGUCAAGGUAUAUCUGUACCCUCGCGUCGAGUACGCCCUCCGGCACCUGCGCCCGUUUGCCCAGCAGCUGGAGGGCUUCGACCGCCACCUUGUUCGCGGCCUGCGCCACCUGCUGCGGCUGCCGACCAACGCCACGACGGCGUUCUUUUACGCUCCUGUUUAUCGUGGAGGGUUGGGGCUUCUGCCGUUGACGGAGCUGCAUGGUGCGUUACAGGUGGCGCAUGGGUGGCUGAUGUUGCACUCUUCUGACCCUGCCACCCAGCGCAUAGCCCGUCAGCAGCUCCGUCAGAUUGCAGAGGCCCGCUAUAAGCUGGACGUUCUGGUGUGGAAGGACCGUGAGGAGGAGCUGGGCGAGCUCCUUCUCAACAGCAAGCUGGGGACGUCGGACCCAGCCCCGCCCAAGCGUCGAAAUGGGGACAUAGGGUCGCUGUGGUUCGACGUCCGUGGUCACCUUCACCGCUUCGGCCUCAAGUUCGAGAUGGCUCCGGCGGUGGAGGAGACAGGGACCCCGGCGCAAAGGUUGCAGCUUCGCGUGCCCCACCACGAUGGUUGGUUGGACCAUAGGGAUGUCCUUCGGCACGUGAAGCUGCACCUCAAGACCAGGCACUGGCAGCGAUGGGCCGCGAUGACGGAUCAAGGCAAGGCUGCUCGCACCCUUGGUGGUGCUGGGAGCGCCUUCCUUUCGCGGCCCCGAGGGCUUUGGGAGAGCGACUACCGCUUCGCGGUGGGUGGUCGUCUCAACCAGCUCGACACGCACAGUGUCCUCAAGCGCCGGCGUCUUCGGGCACAUGACAAGUGCAGAUCGCCUAUAGGCUGCUCAAGAUCGGAGACGCUGGCACAUGUGCUGAACCACUGUGCCGGCACCAUGGAUGCAGUUCGCACCCGCCACGACGACGCCUUGAAGAUAAUCGAGCGGGCUGUUGUGUCGUCGGCGGGUGAUCGGAAGGACCGGGUCGAGCUGAGGGUUAACCAAACCGUACCCUCGCUCCCCGGGCCUGCUUUGCGACCGGACUUGCAGGUCUACAACCACACCACACGUUCGGUGUCGGUUGUAGACCUUGCGGUGGCGUUUGAAGACCAAGCCACGGACGACCCAAGGACGUCGUCGCUCGCGCGGAUUGCUGAGCUUAAGCGCACCAAGUAUGGCUGCAUCAAGCGACACCUAGAGCGUCAAGGUUGGACGGUCCACCUUUCAGCGCUCGUCUAUGGUUCGCUUGGCGCAGUCGCCGGUGGUAACCUUGCGGUUUACACCGAUCACCUUGGUGUGCUGAAGCGUGAUGCGAAGCGGCUGGACAAGCAACUUUCUGCUGAGUGCAUUAAGUCCAGCCGCCGCAUAUGGAAUUUGCACUGCGGCCAGCACCGCGAGCGACAGAAUGGUCACGAUCAAGCUCAAGGUCCAAGUCAAGCCCACGUUCAUGGCCGAAGACAUGGACGCUCAAGACAAGAUGCAAGGGGCAGUCGGGUGACGGAGACCGGGGGGACUCCGUCCCAUCGAGGCCGCCGCUAA